GCGUCUUCCCGCUCCUUAACCCUGACGACUGAGCGGCGCCGACCUCAGCGACCGAGGAGAGCGGGAGGAGGUCGCGGUGGCGGGAAGAUGACCCUCUCGCUGGGCUGGAGACCCAGGCCUGCAACGCUGGGCCCAGCCCUGGAAGCCCCCACGGUCCGGCGCCUGGACUGGGGAGUUGCUGCACUUUGGCGUAAAUUGCAAUCGAUUAGGGAUCGUUUCUCAGACUCAAGUUAGAAGUGAGAGUUCAGAUAAGUGAGGCCACCAUUGCUGCUUUGAACACCUCAGAAGGGGAGAAUGGAUUUAUCAGGAGUGAAAAAGAAGAGCUUGCUAGGAGUCAAAGAAAAUAAUAAAAAGUCCAGCACUAGGGCUCCUUCUCCUACCAAACGCAAAGACCGCUCUGAUGAGAAGUCCAAGGAUCGCUCUAAAGAUAAAGGGGUCACCAAGGAGUCGAGCGAGAAGGAUCGUGGCAGGGAUAAAACUCGCAAGAGGCGCAGCGCUUCCAGUGGUAGCAGCAGCACCAGGUCUCGGUCCAGCUCUACCUCCAGCUCGGGCUCCAGCACCAGCACUGGCUCAAGCAGCGGCUCUAGCUCCUCGUCUGCAUCAAGUCGCUCGGGAAGUUCCAGCACAUCCCGCAGCUCUAGCUCCAGCAGCUCCUCCGGCUCUCCAAGUCCUUCUCGGCGCAGACAUGAUAACAGGCGACGUUCCCGCUCCAAAUCCAAACCACCCAAAAGAGAUGAAAAGGAAAGGAAAAGGCGGAGCCCUUCCCCUAAACCCACCAAAGUACACAUUGGGAGGCUUACCAGGAAUGUGACCAAGGAUCACAUCAUGGAGAUAUUCUCCACGUAUGGGAAAAUUAAAAUGAUUGACAUGCCUGUAGAGAGGAUGCACCCCCAUCUAUCUAAAGGUUAUGCAUAUGUGGAGUUUGAGAAUCCAGAUGAAGCCGAGAAGGCGCUGAAGCACAUGGAUGGAGGACAAAUUGAUGGCCAGGAAAUCACUGCCACAGCUGUGCUCGCUCCCUGGCCUAGGCCACCCCCCAGGCGAUUCAGCCCUCCCAGGAGAAUGUUGCCACCACCUCCCAUGUGGCGCCGGUCACCCCCACGGAUGAGGAGAAGGUCACGCUCCCCACGGCGCAGGUCCCCCGUGCGUCGGCGAUCCCGUUCCCCUGGCCGCCGCCGCCACAGGAGCCGCUCCAGCUCCAAUUCCUCCCGAUAAGCAAGCCACUGAAGCUCUGCCCCGUAACUUAUAUCCCAUCCAGCUCAGUUCUGUCACUUUUCCAGCUGAAGGAGAGUCUAGGAAACAAAUCCUCACUCGGGGGCAGGCUUCAAAGGCAGCAUUGAGACGUUUCCUCUGAAGGCCAAGUUCAGCUGUAGAACUGUUGGUUUGCAGUUGUGCCUAUGAAGAUGCCCUCCAGGUUCCUGUCUAGAAAGCUCCCAUGUUUCCAGUCCCUGAGAGUCGGUUCCAGCUGGCAGUGUCAACCCAACCUGGGAGCACAGUUUUCCAUUCCGCCAAUGACCUGGGGCCAGUCUAGGACCCUGAGGAUCCUUCAGGAAAGGGCAUGCUUUUGUACAGCUGCCAUUCCUAUUAACCUGGCCCUGCUCCCCUGCCUGAGUCCUGACCUCUAGGGUCAAAUAUCCCAUUAGUUGCUGUAAAUGGUUCUGUUUUCACAUGUACUCAACGCACAUACACCUACACCCCACAUCUUUCUCUGAAAUUGGUGGGCAAGUUGAGAGCUAGCUCUGCAGGGUCAUCACACCCCAUCGCCACCCUCUUCAUGGUGGCCUUUGGGGUUACCUUGGGAACAUGUACAUUGCUUUUUGGCUUUUAUUGUACAGUCAGUACUAUAAAUUUUCUGUUUUGAGGUUUUUUGUAACUUUGUAGCAUUUUGUUGUGUAGAGUAAAAGGAUUGUGUUGAAUAAACUUAGGAUUAGAAUACAGAUUGAGUGUUGGGUUU